GUGAUGAGUCGAGUAUUCUAGGUGGGUCCCGGUCCUAUGUGUGUUACACAGGUAUGAGAUAAAGGGUUAUCUUAACUCUUUAUCAACCCCUAUUCUCUCUUUGUUUAUAACAUGCAACUCUUGAAGACUCGCUACCUUUUACACGACAUUAUUGUCUUAUAGUUUGAUUAGUUGUUGCCGACAUAAUCUAUUAUCCAUGCACUCAAAUAUCGCAGAGCAAAACUUAGAAUGUUGAGACAUACUGCACCAUGUGAGGUAACUACCAUCAUGUGUCUUGCCAGGAUGCCUUGAUGUUGGAUUCCAAGGUUACUGCAACCAGAGCCAGACAUCAAUAUCACCUACUCAACUCGGCUCUAGGUACUUAGGAUCGCCAGCCAAUUGAAGGUCGUCGCUGCGGCACACUGCGGGGUUUUGAGUCCGACUCGCUAAAAUUUAUCAUUUAGACAUGGAAAAGGGGGCAGGCGAAAACUCAGACGCCCGACCACGUUGGGGAUCCGAACAUACUUUUUCAUUUACUUCUCGGCGCACACCUAAAAAACGUGAACGCGAUAUGUGACCACGCAUUGCAACCCUCUGUCGCGCCAACAGCCUGUCUUCACGGUAUGGAUCAGGUAUAUAUAGGUCGCUAUCCCACAGCGAGUAGGAUUCCGGCGCAUUUGGCUUUCGGACCAUCGAAGUAAGUAGGUUAUCUUGGAACUAUCGAUUCGGGCUGCCAUGUUUCCCCUUAUUUUGAUGGUGAUGGCAUCUGCUGUCCCGAUGCUCGAAGCAAAACCCUUCGCUAAGAAGAUUACCAACAGUACGAAAGCUGCUUUUGGGCCCCUCACUUUCAAGGGUGACGGCACGUUUCAAAUAGCAGUGUUCGAAGACUUGCAUUUUGGAGAAAAUGCAUGGGACCAAUGGGGCCCACAGCAGGAUAUCAACUCCGUCAAAGUUAUCAAUGAAAUCCUUGAGGCAGAAUCUCCUGGGCUUGUUGUCCUAAACGGUGAUUUGAUUACUGGUGAAAACACCUUUUUGGAGAACAGCACGACCUACGUCGAUCAGAUCGUUGGGCCGCUCGUAAAUAGGGGUCUCACAUGGGCGUCAACGUACGGCAACCAUGACUACGACUUCAACAUCUCCGGCAGUACCAUCCUUGCUCGAGAGAAGCUAUGGCCUAAUAGCCGAACACAGCAAAUGGUAAACAGCGAAAACUCCGGCGUGUCAAAUUAUUACCUCCCAGUCUAUGACAGCGAAUGCAGCAACGAAGGUUGCGCCCCCGAGCUACUACUUUGGUUCUUCGACAGCAAGGGAGGAUACAAGUAUCAGCAGAAGAACGCGUCGGGAAGUCACGUUGGAAAUCCCGACUGGGUCGAUUUUAGCGUCGUAGACUGGUUCCUAAAGACGAAUAAUGAACUUGUCAGCAAAUUCAACAAGGCCAUUCCCUCGCUAGCGUUCGUUCAUAUCCCGACAUAUGCCUCGUCCAUCCUUCAGCAACAAGGCGUCGAUCCCCACGCCGAGCCUGGGAUAAACGAUGACAACCCAUUAGCUCCUCAGGCCCAGGGCUGGUGUUCCGAUGGACGGAAUGACGGCACUUGCACGUAUGGGGGACAGGACAUUCCAUUUAUGCAGGCCAUCUCCACAGUUCCGGGGCUUAUCGCCGUCUUCUCCGGGCAUGAUCACGGAGACUCGUGGUGUGACAAGUGGGAUAGACAACUUCCAGGUAUGACAGUAGCGCCCCAAAACGACGUUAUACUCUGUUUCAGCCAGCAUUCGGGAUAUGGAGGUUACGGAAAUUGGGAACGAGGAUCUCGCCAGCUGCUUGUAUCGAAAGCAAAAUUGCAGGAGGGAGCGGUUGAUACCUGGAUCCGUCUUGAGUCCGGAAAUGUCGCGGGCAGUGUUACCUUGAACAGCACGUUUGGACGGGAUCAGUAUCCGGCAACGAAUAAUACGAAGACCUACUGUCCUACUUGCGACUAUAGUUCGACGUAAAAGGAGAAGUAUGAAGAUUAUGUACAUGUAUCAUUAACUACGGCAGCACUGGAUAUAACAAGAUAAUUACUGGAUAUAAAAAUUAAUUAAUUAUAAUCAUCUGAAACAAAA